GCAACAAUAGCAACAACAGCCUUAGUGUUAAAAACAAAAUAACAGUAUAAAUAGUAAAGCUGAAAUGCAAAAAAUGCUGAAAUAAAAAGACAAGUCAAAAUAAAAAAAAUAAAAAUAAAAAUAGCAGAAAUAGAAAAAAUAUAAAAAAUCGGUGAACAGUCGUAGUCGUAGAACAUAAAAUUUCUAAGGCUUCCGCCACGAACUUCUAAAGUUCAGAACAUGCCAACACAAUCCCCUAAAUUAGUCUAGUUGGUGACAUCGUCGGUUGGACAACCAGAAGACUAAAAUCGUACAAAACAUGCGAGCAUAACGGUUUGCAUAGCAGCAUUUCAUUGUGUGUGUGUGUGUGUUGCUGGAAAAUAUUUUAUUUAAAUAAAAAUACACUAUUGUUAAAAAAAUAUGAAAUCAUGGUCAUCUCGAUCAUCAAAAGGAGGAAAAAUUAUAUUGUGAAGGAUAAUGUGGAGAAAUAUAUAUAAAUAUACAUAUCUACUAUGAAUAUUUCGUUGUUAUAAAAAGUGAAUUUUACAUUCGAAUUUAUUUAUGUAAAUAAAAAGAAAACAAAUGCAGUAACUAAAAAUAAUAUAAAAAUUGAAAAAAUGUGAACGGACAGCAGGAUAAAACUUAAGGUUUCCUUAUACAAGUGGUUAGACAAUAAUGAAUAUGAAACACAGCUCGUCAAGACACCAAUAAAUCGUUAAAUUCUCUUAUGGAGAAAAGCACAAUGAAGCGAAAACAGAGACGAUACAGAACUACAUUCAACUCAUUGCAAUUGCAAGAGCUAGAGCGCGCCUUCCAGCGCACACACUAUCCGGAUGUCUUUUUUCGCGAGGAGUUAGCGGUGCGCAUCGAUCUCACAGAGGCACGCGUACAAGUUUGGUUUCAGAAUAGGCGCGCUAAGUGGCGCAAGCAGGAGAAAGUCGGUAGCGAUGCGCCAGGUGGCAAUCUACCAGACGUCGAAGAUGGUCUCGGCACACAGACCACGUACGCGGAUGAAAACGCCAUCGCACAGCUGGACAGUUCUUUAGGCACCACACUGUUACCAGACACACCGCCCCAGUCUGCGAACUCGCUUGACAAUGAGCCGAAGGCACCGUUUGGCUCCGGCUGCCUAUCGCCGUCUCGCAUGUCACCAAAUAUAUUUCUCAAUCUCAAUAUCGAUCAACUGGAACGUGGCGGUGGAGUCUCCAUGGAGUGGUCAACUUAUCCGCCCACGAGUACAAUGUCCGGCAUGUCGCACACGCUGACGCAAUCGAACACGCCACCUCCCUUAAUUAUUACAAACAAUAACAACAAUAACAGCAAUUUGUUGGAUCCGCAAGGCAGCCAACUUAGUCACAACACCAGUCUCAGUAAUCAUGUGAGCCUGCUUAGCGGCGGUCUUAAUACCUCACUGGAUCUGGAUGCUACAACAAAUUCAACUUAUGACGAAAUGAAAUUUCUCAACGUCGACCAAUUUACAAUUGAUAACUUCAAAGCCGAGUGCAUUCUCAAUUUGGAUCAUGCGUUGGCAUUGAAUGAUAAGCCGGCACUGGAUCAACUCGGUCAUGGUUUGUCAUUUGAAACCGGACAAACGGUGGAUGGCUGUGGUGUGGUGAUUCAUCACUCGCUGGAUCAAUUACAUCACCAGCAACAACAACAACAAAACGAUGAUCAAAUGCAAUUAUUGCAUCAACAACAACAGCAACAGGAUGCGAUUCAUCAUAAUCAAUUGCAUCAAAUGCAACAACAUCAUCAGCAUCACCAUCAUCUACAACAUUCAACUCUAUCCCAUCUUAUGCACAGCUCCAGUCAACUACAUAGCUCCCAGCACACAAGCGCAUUGAGUUUAGACUUGCCCUCUUUUAGCUUAUGCGGUGAUGAUGAUCAAACCAAAUCGCCGCCAUCUUUGUUGUCGCUAGACAAACCCCUAUCACUGAACAUCAGCGUGGACGGCAUUGGUGAUCUGGUCGAUGAUAAGUUUUGAAGUCAAAGGUUUGAUCGAGGCGCUGGACAUGAGCUGUGAUCAUUGACACACCUUCUGACAGAGAGGGAGAGAGAGAUAGAGAGAGAUAGAGAGAGAGAUAGAGAGAGAGAGAGAGGAGAGAGAACUAGCGGCAUCCGCAGUGAUCAAUACACGUUAGAAAAAUUACGUUGUCGGUUGCGGGUAUUUUUGAGUUUUGAGUGUUCUAGUGGGCUUCCGAGAUGAAGUUUCGUAAACAAAAAAGGAGAGUCACCAGAAAUAUCAGAGCACCGUGUUACUUAGCGGUGAUAACUUUCAAACAACAACUCUCUUCAGCCUAAAACCUUUUUGAAGAAUUAUUUUGUUAACUUUUUCUUGUAAAAGAGAGUUAUGGAGUAUGAUAUAUCAUCUUUGCUGCUCAAUGUUCCACUUGUAUGCUAGUUCAAAUGAAGUGCUUGAAAGCAAAUAUUCUCUGAGUGAGUACGUUUGUUGGAACAUCAUAUAAAAUGUAUACAAUUUUCGUUAAGGAAACAAAUGCUUACUGACGAAAGGUGGUGAACGGUGUUUAUAUAAAGUGUACAUAAAUAUCAAUUCAAGAAAAAAUUGUUGAAUGGUUGUACAAAAGUUACGAUAGUGUGUUAGUGAAAUUCAUUGUUAAUGCUUUUUUAAUCGUCUUUAUUUAAUUUAAUUUUUGUAUAUUUUUUAAUUCUAUUACUCUUAGGCUAAUGAAUAAUAUAUUACUUUAAACUUAGUCAAU